CGCAUCAUUUGUGAUUUGUGCAGCGUGUCUGAGCGUGUUCUGAAAGUGAAAUACUUUUUUCACUUUUUCUUCUAAAAUAUUGAAAAAAGCUCUAAGGAAUUUUUGAGUUUUUAUCUCUGGUUUGAAUUCCUUUACCUGUUGAAUAAAAAAUCUCACAAAAAUGUCGAUCGGCGUCCCGAUAAAAGUUCUUCACGAAGCCGAAGGACACAUCAUAACCUGUGAAACGAACACCGGUGAAGUUUAUCGCGGUAAAUUAAUAGAAGCUGAGGAUAAUAUGAAUUGCCAAAUGCAAAACAUCACAGUAACCUACAGAGAUGGACGAACGGCUCAACUCGAAAACGUUUACAUUCGAGGCUCAAAAAUUCGUUUUUUGAUACUACCUGACAUGUUGAAGAAUGCUCCGAUGUUCAAGAGACCGGGCGGUAAAGGAUCCGGGACGGCAGGGCGAGGAAAAUCGGCGAUUUUGAGAGCUCAAGCCCGAGGAAGAGGUCGAGGUCAAAGCCAGAGAGGUCGAGGCACAGGAUCUGCGCCCUGGUUGAAUCAACAAAAUCAAAGUGGAACCACCCAACCGGGACGAGGACGAGGAUAACCAUCUUCACGAAUAAAAUUGUCACUUUUCGUUAGGAUAGGAUCAAUCUGAUCAGCUCUUAUUUUCUCACACUCUUCAUUCCGAGUUUCUGAUUGGCCGAAGAUGUAUAAUUUUUAUUUUUGUGUUGCUUUUUCUUUAUGGGUGAAAGUUUUCUUCAAUUAUAAUACAGUAGUGAACAAAAAAUGUUUCUUUUAUUAGAUAUAUUGUCUUUAUUGAUUUAGUGUUUUCUGAUAAAUUGAUCAGACUGAAAAUGCGACAUUCUCUCACGACUCGGCGGAAUAUUAAUAAUUAUGGAAUAAUUACUUUUCUAUACCAAAGUAAAAAAAAAUACGUUUA